GUGUGCGCAAGCGCACUGCAUCCUACCUCCUGCAACCCGGCCGCCGGUGACCUGCACCCGGCCGCCGGGUGGGCUGCGGUGGCCGAGGCGGAGGUCGGCCGCGGGGCGAGCAAACUUUCCUUAGCCUGCUGGUCUUGCAGGACUUGGUUUCUUCAAGGCCUGGUCACCCCUGCACCGACUUUCCUGGACUUGGAUACCCCAGGACAAAGGACCUACAGAGCAGGACGGGCGUCUAGCUUGCACAAAGCCAAAGCCACGGAAGGAAGAGAGCUGCCACUGAUGAAAGGAGUUGGUGCAGUUUGUGGUUUUGUGAGGCAGGGUCCCACGUAACCCGAGUUUGGCCUUGAGCUUGGGAUCCUCCUGCCUCCAGCUCCCAAGCUCUGGGAUCACAGGUUCCUCAUGACUUCUCUCGCGGACCAUGCCCAUGAUCUUUUUUGCCAGCGUAGUACGGGUGAGGGAUGGACUGCCCCUCUCGGCCUCCACUGACUUUUACCACGCCCAGGAGUUUCUGGAAUGCAGGAGGCAGCUCAAGGCCUUAGCCCGGAGGCUGGCUCAGUAUCCAGGCCGAGGUUCUGCAGAAAGCCGUGACUUCCAUAUCUAUUUUUCGUCAUCGCGGGACGUGGCCUGCAUGGCUAUCUGCUCACACCAGUGCCCAGCAGCCAUGGCCUUCUGCUUCCUGGAGACUCUGUGGUGGGACUUCACGGCUUCCUAUGGCACCACGUGCAUUGGCCUGGCCUCCCGGCCCUACGCUUUUCUCGAGUUCGACAGUGUCAUUCAGAAAACAAAGUGGCAUUUUAACCACACGAGUUCCUCCCAGAUGAAGAGUGGCUUAGAAAAGAUUCAGGAGGAGCUUGAGUUCCAGCCUCCAGCAGUUCUGUCCCUGGAGGGCACAGAUGUGACAAAUGGCAUGCUGAACGGCCACACCCCAGUGUACUCUGAGCCUGCUCCGAAUGUCCGGAUGGAGCCGGUGACAGCCCUGGGUGUCCUCUCCCUUGUCCUCAACAUCAUGUGUGCUGCCCUGAACCUCAUCCGUGGAGUUCACCUCGCAGAGCACUCUUUACAGGUUGCCCAGGAAGAAGUUGGAAACAUCCUGGCCUUCUUUAUUCCUUCUGUGGCCUGCAUGGUCCAGUGUUAUCUGUACCUGUUCUACAGUCCAGCAAGGACUCUGAAGGUGGUGCUGAUGCUGGCCUUCAUCUGCCUGGGCAAUGUGUACCUGCAUGGGUUGAGGAACACCUGGCAGAUCCUCUUCCACAUCGGAGUGGCUUGUCUGUCUUCAUAUCAGAUCCUGACCAGACAGCUGCAGGAGAGGCAGUCUGACUAUGGAGUGUGAGGACAGCAUCAUGCAGUGAUGCCUUUGAUUUCCCCCGCCCCGGAAGGCCAGUCUGUUUCCACUCCUGCUUCUCAACUUCACCUCAAAUCUCCAUCCUUGAAGCUCACAGAUUCUGGCAGGUGCAGCGGAGGACCCAGGGCUGCUGGUUGCAGUCUUGGUCUGCGUGGAACAUUUGUGCAGAACUGCCAGCCGAGCACAGGACAGGGCGGCCGAAGCUGGAGCUUGCUCAGAGAGCAUCUCUGACGGUCAGAGUGACCAUGUUUUGGUCUCCCGAAUGGAAUGAUACUGCAAACUGCUAGAUUCUGUAGUUUUAGUCAUUGGUGGGUAUCUGCUGAAGUCCGUUUGCAGCUUCAGUGUGACUCCAGCUGUGCUCAGUGUCAGUUCAGGGUGAAUACGCUUCAUACGUAUAAGCUAGGUAAAUUUUGUUUACAUUUUUGAUAACUUGGGUUCGAUAUACUUUUGGAAUAUUUAAAUAUAUUUUGGAUAUAAAUUGAAGCUCAUUUAGAACAAAGGCAAACUUAGACUGAGGAAAUGCUAAGGAAAUCCGAGUUUAUUUAAUUUACAGAGACCUUUUAUGGUGAUGGGACUGUUAUGGUGGGAUACAGAUGUGGUUUAUAUCUAUUUUCAGGGUCCAGCCGAAGAUCUCUAAAUUAAUAACCAAUAUUACUGGGUCAUAAGCACAUGGGCAUGAGCAGACGUGAGAGCUUGAGGGUCCUUUCCAUGGGGCAGAGAGGAGUGGGAAGUGCUGGGGUUCAGAGGUCCUUGACAGAAUUAGGGAGAGGCUUCCGUCAUCAGGCGGCAUUGCUGGAGAUGUGGUCUUGCGAACCUCCUGGAGAGGCCUCCCCUGAGCAUCUCAUUUAGACCAAGGGCCUCACUGUUCUGUGGACAGGCAUUAAGUAGGCAUUAGCACAGUAAGGCUUUGUGUGACUGACUUGCGCGUUGCAAAGCUGCUGAGAUGUGCUUCUGAAUCAGAGCCCCUGUGUCUCCAGUGUGGGUGUCUGGUGGCACUCAGGAUGCCAUGUUGGGGUUCACCCCUCUGACUUCUUCUUGGAAUAGUGCACCCACAGCUUGUGGGCUGACCUGUAUGGCUCCAUAAUUGGUAAUCCUGUAUUGAUAGUUUUUUAAAGGAGAAAGCCAUCCCCAAAGUUACUGAGGAGUGGAGGGUUAGAGCUCUUUUGUUCGGCUGUCCCUAGUACCAUGUGUUGGUGAGCCACCAGGUGUCAUUUUAGGAGAGAGCGUCCGUGACUCAGAACUGGGUUGGGAAAGUAUUGCCAUUGUGAUUUUGUUUCCUUAGAGAAUUUUCUGUUUUUAGUCAAAUCUAUAAUGUCUGGGUUUGAAUUCAUAAUGGGAACAUCCUUGGGCGUGAAUUUCAACCUUGUGUCUUUGUUGAUUUCACACCUAUGUGAUUUUGUAUAUACUGUGCAGGCAAAUGCUCACUCUUCUGAGGGAGAAUUUUGAAGUGGCCAAAGAGGAAACCAGAGGGAGGAGAAAAUUCUUUUAAUUCAAAGCACACACUCAAAAAUUUCUUUUAAGUAAGUUAAAAAAGAUCAGCCUAAAAAUGGAUUGUUUCCUCGUAAGCCUGUGUGGUAUUGUGUUGCCUGUGUCUGGAGACCACACACACUCAAGGGUCUGAGCCUGUGGUUGUCAGGUUCACAGGUGGUAACGCAGCAGUCCCCGAGGGUGAGCCCUUGCUAGAGACGCUUCACAGAUGCUAGUGAG